AUGUUCUUCUUUCUGAUUUUGACCACUCUACUCACCUGGUUGAUUGUCAGACAGUACCAAAAAGUGUCGAGACUCCCGCCAGGUCCUCUGGCACUGCCGUUGCUCGGCAAUCUUCCACAAAUCGUUUUCUAUCUAUGGAAAACUGGAGGAGUUGUGCCAACUUUGGAUCUAUUCAGAAAGGUAUGUUAUUCGCAGAAUCCCUCUACAAGAACUAGUGAAUGUUUCAGAAAUACGGAAACAUUUUCACACUUUGGUUGGGCCCGAUACCUCACGUCAGCAUUGCCGAUUACGAGACAUCCUAUGAAGUUUUUGUGAAGAACGCUCCCAAGUAUGCGGACAAGUUUACACCGCCGAUAUUCGAACAGAUAAGAGGUAGAUGAGUAGAAAAAGAAACGUUUGCAAAUUUGGCAAGUUGCAGAAGGACUGGGAGUCUUAGCGACGAAUGGAGAGCACUGGCAGGAGAUGCGUCGGUUUGCACUGCAAACAUUCCGGAACAUGGGCGUUGGAAAGGAUGCGAUGGAGGUCAAAAUCUUGGAGGAAUUGAACGCCCGAUGCGCAGAAGUGGACAAUAGCGCUGUGGACGGAGUCACCGUCAAACAAGCGGCCGAAUUCUUCGAUUUGACAGUCGGAAGCAUCAUCAACAGCAUUCUGGUGGGCAAACGAUUCGGGGAGGAGAACAAGGACGAGUUUCUGAAGAUCAAAAAGGCGAUGGACGACUCUUUCGAAACAUUCAAUCCGUUUGACAUGACUGUUCCCGUCUGGCUCCUCAAGUACUUCUUCCCGAAACGAUAUAACGUAAUUGUGGACAAUCAAGAGAAUUCGAGGGAGUUCGCGGCACGGGAAGCGAUGAAGCGGCUGGAAGAAAUCGGAAGAGGCGAUUAUGUGAUUGAUGAGAACAAUCCACGUGACUUCACAGAGGCAUUCAUUUUGAAAAUGAAGCAGGAGAACGACAAGCACUUCCAGUGAGCUUCCUCAUAAAUGUUGUCCAAUUGAGUUCUGAUUUCAGCGUUGAGGCUUUGAAGACAAUGAUAAUUGACUUGUGGACCACUGGCCAAGAGACCACCACGACCACCCUGAUCUCCGGAUUCAAUCAGCUCCUCCUCCACCCCGAGUUCAUGAAAAAGGCUAGAACGGAACUGCAGAAGCUGACAGACAACGGAAGCCGGGCGCUGAGUCUCUCCGACCGUAAUUCCACUCCUUAUUUCAACGCUGUCAUCGGCGAAAUUCAACGGCACGCCUCUAUUUUGAACGUGAACUUCUGGAGAUACAACCAUGAACUGACGUACAUGGGAGGCCAUCCAGUGGAUGCUGGAGCACUGGUCACUGCUCAAUUGAGUGCUCUUCACGUCAACGAACAAAUCUUCGAGCAUCCGGAGAAGUUCGAUCCGGAGAGAUUCAUUCGGAACGAGAAGCUUCUUCAACAAAUCAUCCCGUUCGGAGUCGGCAAGAGAUCGUGUCUUGGCGAGUCGUUGGCUAGGGCGGAGCUUUAUCUGGUGAGUUGGACUAUCGAAAGUUACAAUAGCCAUGAUUGUGUAGAUCUUUGGAAACUUGCUCCUCCGCUACAAUUUCAAGCCACACGGCAAGCUCUCCACCGCCGAGCUCCUUCCGUUCAGCGCCGCCAAACGACCGUUCAAGUUGGAGAUGCAGUUUGUAAAAAUCUAA